AUGUCGGAGCAGCCCCGCAGGUCACGUCGAUCGUCGAUCACGGGACAUCUGAACCGCGUGUUUAACAAGACCCAGGAGAAACGACACAGUUCGUAUGGGGACGCGGUGCAUUCGCCCGCGCGUCGGGAGCCAUUUGCGCAUGAAAAGGCAGCAAGCAAUCAUUCCGGGAACAGGCGCUCGUUGCCCGAUGGCACUGGACCAAGUUCAAUUUCCUACUCUUCUAGGAACUCUCGUUUGCCCUCAAAUGGCACGCCGGGUUCUAGCCCAUCAGUGGCACCAGUGGGAGUCCCUGAAGAUGACACCCCAACACAGCCCAUGACACCACUAGCCAUGAACAAGUCCAAUGAUGGAGACAAAAUCUGCAAAUCUCCUACGUGGGAUACAAGCAAAAAGGAAAAGCGGGUCACCAAGCGAUUGGAGGCGGAGAGAAAGGAGCUCGAGAAGCGUUUGCAAGCCCUGGAGGAAGCCCAACUCAAUGCAGACCACGGAAUCUAUGACAGGAACGCCCGACGACUGACCAAGAAGCAACCUGUCAGCACCUCGAGUAGAUCGUCCAGCGCAAACAGGGAGCGUCACCGAUCAUCCAGCUUCUCGUCGCUGUUUAGGCGCUCCCGCUCAAACUCCAAUGCCAGUGAGACUGACUUCAAGUCUGCCGAUGUCAGUCAGCUUCGGACAGAUACUAAUCCCCCUUCUCUACCUUUGACGUUGCCAGAACGGUUCGGCACGGCCAUUACGCGAGAACUGGCGUCGAAACACGGGACUUCUCUGAACUUAUCGGUCAAUCAGCAAAAGCAGAACCAGCAGAACCAGCAGAACCAGCAGAACCCGGUGAACUCGACAAAUCCAAUGCAACGCCGACUGGCCCUGCAUUCCGCAGCCAAGUCUGAUGAUCUUCGCGAGAGUUGGAAAAUGGUCGAGGCAUGGAAGACCAUGAACGAUGAGAAGGUUCCAAACCCGCUAAUGCCUGAGCAGACACAGGGCAAUGUCAGUGGCUUGCCUAAAUUCCCACGCGGCGCUCAAGGCAGCGAAAACACUCCCCCGCGUGAUUUAGAUCGUGAGCAGUUCUCUGCCGUACUGAAACACGACCGGAAGAGUGCUCCUGUGAAGGACUACUCUCUUGAAUCUCAGACUCGGAAUGAUCGCUCACCCAAGGCUGUCAGCAUGCCAAUAUCGAAAACAUCUACACAAGCUGACCUCUAUCAGCAUGCAUCACCUGUUCUCAAAGUUUCCACAGCGCGGCAGUUGCAGGCAAUUCCGCCCCCAGAAACCAUAGAGAGUGCAUCAAGCUCGUCUGCUACAUCAACCGCUCCAUCGAGUCAUCCUCUCGGCCUGAUACAUGCGAACUCGACGGGAAAUCUUGUCAACCCAGUUCGAUUGGACCCGAACGCGCAUACCCAACCAAAGAUCUACAAAUCUUCCCCUCUUGCUCUGAAUCCCGCAAACACAGAUGACACGACUCAGAGAAAUUCCAAGAUUCCAAAGGCACCGACUAUGCCAAAUCUCCAUGCCAGCGCAUCGCAACAAUCUCGACACCCCCCUCGGCCACUUCAGCCCGAUGACGCCCGUGGGAGAAGUCACUUGUCUGCAUCUUCUACUACCGCUCAACAAAGUAGAUUCAAGGAGAACUUCCACGAGGGCCCAGAGUCACCUGAACCUCCGCAGAUACCGGUCAAGAGUGAACGACGAAGCCAAGACAGCUGGCGGCAAUCAAUUGCUUCUACUGACAAUGUCCUACCAAAUACACCGAGAGAUGGUACAGCUCCUUUCAAGGCGGCUGUUCGAUCUCCUUUCCACUCGGGAAAUUCUUCACCUGAUGAGAAAUCUCAUACAUCCAGUAAGGAAACCAAACGAAGAUCGACAAAUCUGUCCGAGGGUCAAUCUGUUCCUGCAAGGUCCCCUCGUCGAAAUUCUCACAAUUCGAAUGAUAUGACUGAGCACCAGGAUAAGCAAAGGGGGCCCAGAGGAUUUAUUCCAGGGCACAACCGCGCACCGUCCUAUACUUCUUCCCACGAUGGGAAUUCGAACUAUGAUACUGCGGACGAAGAUGCACCUAGUUCUCCCGGGUUGCAUCGCAACUCGCUGACUCGCGUGGAAACCAGACCCGAGGUCACCGUUGAGGCGAAUCCCAAAAACAUUCCUGCUAGUCGAAUGCCCCAAAGUACUAGCCAGCCCGAUAGUCACCCCAAUGACCAACCUGAUACUCCACUCAAAAAUGGCACUGUGAGUAUCUUGAAAAGGAGAUCCCAAAAUAACAACACCGCUCGGAUACCCCAAACCAUCGCCAAAAUCUUUGUGAUCUGCUGCCGUUGCAAAUACUGGCAAGACAUGCCCUCCGACGUCUACGCUCGACUUGCCUGUCCAGAGCGUCUCGGUACAGAAUCGAAGCCUGGUCAAUCCCGUUCAAAGAAGCAUAAUAUUCUAUCAGAUCAUGCUGGUAACCGGCGACACUCUAGCUCACAACCAUUCGGCAUUUCUCUCUCUCGUGGCUUCCAGGCUACUCCUGAGUUGCGCCCAGCUCCUCUUGCACCUCACAAGGUUACUUGCUGCUGGUGUGGUCACAACAUGAGCCGGUCUUGUUGUGAAGGAUGGACUACUAUUGUCGAGAUGCGCGAGCGUCAUCAUUGA